AUUGUUGUCGCCAUUAUCCGGGCUCCCUGUGUUAGAGGCCUGGUUCCGAGCUUUGCGCGGUCGCAUAGCCUCGUGCAAAACGUUUUCAGUUCGUCGAGAAUUUCCUGGAGUUUUUUAUUGGAGUUUUUGACCUGAAUCUAAUGAAUAUUGUAUGGAUUUGUUUUUGGAUGGAUUCCGCACCCGUCGAAUCUCGUGGUAAUUCGUGAUAAUUUUGAAGUUGAAACUCGUGUAGAACUUUACCCGUGAAUAUCGACAAGUGGAAAAUAAAAGUUGUGUUCAUAUCCAGAAGCAUCUCAUCUAUCUGACCUAUCUGAAUUCCAACAUCAUUCGACGGAAGAGUAAAUGAACACUGAGGAUUAUUAUCUUGGAAACAUGAGUGAAAACGAAGCUAGUAGUGAAGUCGAACGAAUAGAAAGCAAGAAAAGGUCCCUAGGAGGCUACCUAGGGCGCGUGAGUAUUCACAUGAAAGAGCUCAAAACUUGUCUUGAUGAUCCCUCUAGAGCCAAUGAAAUACAGACAGCCUUGAAUGAAUUACAGUCGGCUUUGAAUAACUAUGAGGACUGCUAUCAGUCGUACAUUUUGGAAGAAUUGGCAACCGAUGAAUUCAACAGAGUGAAAGAGAAAUUUGAAGAAACUCGUAAUGAGUGUGAAACUACUACCAAAUUGGAAAAUGAACGUUUGAAGAAAGGAAAGUCAAACUCAACUAAGUCAAGGCUGUCUAGUAGGUCUAGGAAAUUAAGAGAGAAAAUAGAAAUGAAAAAGCUUCUUUUGCAACAAGAAGAAGAGAUAGCUCAGCAUCGAAUGGAUCUGGAACGUAAGAAAAUAGAAUUGGAAUAUGAACAGAAAGCGAGAGCAUGUAAGCUCAAGUUCCAGGUUCAAAUCGCAGAAAAGGAAGCCGAGUUAUUAGAAGAGAGAGGGAGUGAGUCUGAUAGUUGUGUGUCAGAAAAGUAUAAAGGGGAUGUAGGGGUCAUGCCACCCAUGUCUCAAGAGGAAAAGCUAAUGAAAUGGACCGAGCAAUGUGACCCCAUUCCUGAUAAUCCUAGACCAGACACACCUAAGCUAAUGGAGGGCCCUUCCCAUCCUAAAGACCCCAUUCCUGAGAGAAAACCCCAGAUUAAUGACCAAGAAGCCCCCCCUAGUAGUUAUAGGAAAACCCCGUUUGGUUUUCUUCCCGUGAACAGUACUGAUAUCAUGUUAAAGCUGACCAUGCUCCAAGCCAUGCAACCUGUUAAGUUCUCUGGGAAUCCAAGUGACUUUCCUAAUUUUAGGAAGAGAUUGAGAGAUAAUUUAGAAGAUGAAAUUUUAAGUGAUUCACAAAAGGUUGAAUUCCUACCGAAGUUCCUCUCGGGGGAGGCUUUUGAAGUUGUGGAGAGGGUUUCCGGUUGCAGCUAUUCAGUGAUAGUUGAUAUUUUGGAAGACCGAUAUGGGCAGCCAGCGACCGUCGCUGCUUCUUGUAUUGACAAUUUGACCAGAGGCCCAAGAUUGAACAAUCAUGAUUAUAAGGGACUGAGGGAUUUUGCAGAGCAACUUGAAUCAGCCUCAAAGAAACUUGUUGGGGAAUAUGCUAUUGAAGCCAGUACCAUCUCAAACAUGAAACAGAUAGUUAGAAGGCUUCCCCAGUAUUUAGUAAAUAAAUGGGGUGAUGUAUCCUACAAGAUAAGAGAAAAGGGGGGUAUCCCUAAGAUUUCAGAUUUGGCAGAUUAUGUGAAGAGGCAAGCAGCCAUAAAGAAUGACCCAGGUUUUGUUGACCUAAGCAUGAGUGAGAACAAGGGUGGUGGUGAUAAAAGACCCGAGCAGGGUGGGAAAGGCAAGAACUACCAGAAACAGACUUCUGUCUUUAAAACAGACAUGGAAGGCUCACCCCCUGAAACUACUAUGGGUAAACAAGCCCCAAUUAAGACCUGUCCUUGCUGUCAAGGAGAACAUAGGCUUUCAGACUGUGCAAAUUUCAAGGGAAGGGACUUACCCGGCCGUUGGCGACUGGUAAAGGAGAAGAGAUUGUGUCAUAUAUGCCUUAGGCCAGGACAUAUGAGGGACAGAUGCCAUACAACCACUUUUUGUAACUGCAAAAGUGAGCGAAAACACCACACCUUGUUACAUAACCCCCCUAGAGCUAAAGAUGACCCUCCCAAAGAACUUAACUCGAGCGCAGGGGAGGGGACGACCGAGGGACCCCCUAGAAGAGACCAUGCUCAGGGCACCCGGGGUGGGGAGCCACACAGGCAAACCGAGCAAUACGCAACAUUUUCUGAAAGAGCCACAAAAACGGUGUUACUACAUGUUGUACCAGUUAAAUUGAUUGCCCCAAAUGGGAACUCUCUGACAACGUAUGGGCUACUGGAUAAUGGCUCAAGAGGAACUAUGAUAAGCUCGGAGGUUUCAGCGAAACUCGAACUUAAAGGUCAUACUGAGGAAAUAUCCAUCACCACCAUGAUGGGAAGUAGUAAGGAACAGAUAGAGGUUGUGGAGUUUGAACUGCAACACGCAAGUGGUGAAGGGGAUAGAAUUCCCGUAACUGAGGGUUUGGUAACGAAGAAAUUCAAUGUCAACGAAAAGUGUCUUCCUAAAGAUAUUGACAGAGAGGCACACCCUCAUCUGAGGGAUAUUGAGAUUCCCUCGGUAGACAUGCCUAAGGUUUCGGUUCUGAUAGGAAAGGACGUUGGCUAUGCGCAUGAGGUGUUUGAAGUGCGUAGACCAGCGACGAAAGCCAGUGAUUUGAAGGCUUUGAGAGGUCCUCUUGGAUGGGUAAUUACAGGAACCCUUCAAGGGGAGACCUCAUGCAAGGAAGUAAACCUGAACUUUGCUGAUUAUAAAAAAGAACUUCAGCAUCAGAUUGAGCGGUUCUGGGAUUUGGAGAGUUUCGGUACAAAGAGUGUUGGGACGGACAAGGGAUCCCCAAGUUUUAUAUCGCACCAUCUGUCCAGGGAAGACAGGAAGGCUAUCGAUAAGUUGGAGAAGACCAUUACUAAGCGUGAUGGUCACUAUGAAACAGGCCUCCUGUGGCGGGAUGAUGAUGUGACCCUACCUAAUAACCGGAAUGAAGCCGAUAAAAGACUGAAUAGUCUUGAAGCGUAAGUUUUCACGAGAGCCUGGAUUGGAGGAGAAGUAUCGAGCAGCCAUGGAGAAGUAUAUCACUAAAGGGCAUGCACGCAAACUCAGCCCAGAAGAAGCACAAGAGACUGGACCGAGAACUUGGUACUUACCUCAUUUUGCAGUGA